UGUGGAACCCCAUAUUUUUUUUUAGUUGGCAACGUAAACAGAAACAGAUAUCCACCUGCGAAUUUGGCCACGAAUUGUUUUAUCGGCAUUAGUCACCUGAACCGCUGCACGCACACCAUGCUGAAGGCCGUUAUCCUCAUCGGCGGCCCCCAAAAGGGCACCCGCUUCCGCCCCCUCUCGCUGGACACACCCAAGCCGCUCUUCCCGCUGGCCGGUCGUCCCCUCAUCGCCCACCACAUCGAAGCCUGUGCCCAGCUCCCCGAUCUCCGCGAGAUCCUCAUCAUCGGCUACUAUCCGCAGACCCAGAUGGAGGGAUUCGUGGGCGACAUGCAGGCUCUGUACAGCAGCAGCAACAUCAACAUCAGAUAUUUGCAGGAGUUCACUGCCUUGGGAACUGCAGGUGGAAUGUACCACUUCCGGGAUCAAAUAAGAGCUGGCAAUCCCCGAGCCUUCUUCGUUCUGAACGGCGAUGUCUGUGCGGAUUUUCCGCUGCAGGAACUGUGCGAGUUCCACGAGAAGCGUCCAUCGAGUGCUCUGGUGACCAUCAUGUCCACUGAGGCCACGCGUCAGCAGUCGCUGCACUACGGAUGCCUGGUUUUCGAUCGGAGUAGCGGAGCUGUCUCGCAUUAUGUGGAAAAGCCCAGCUCCUAUGUGUCCACCUUCAUCAACUGCGGGGUGUACGUGUGCUCCAUGGAUAUAUUUACUGUGCUGGCACAGAUUUUCCACUCACGGGGUCAAGAGUACGGUUGCCAUGGAAACGGAAAUGGCAAUGGCAGGGAGCAGGGCCACAUCAAGUGGGAGCAGGAGGUGCUCACUCCGCUGGCAGGCACCGAUAAGCUCUUCGCCAUGCCGGUGCCCAAUUGGUGGUCCCAGUUGAAGACCGCUGGAUCGGCCAUCUACGCCAACCGUCAUUACCUGGGCCUGUAUAAGAAAACGCAUCCGGAGAGAUUGGCCAACGUGGGCACCAAACGCGGUGAGGGCGACGGCAGCUUGAUUUGCACAGUGUUCCCGGAUGUGUAUGUGCAUCCCAGUGCCACCGUUCAUCACAGCGCAGUGCUGGGACCCAAUGUGGCCAUUGGACCUGGAGUGACAAUUGGACCAGGUGUGCGCAUCCGUGAAUCGAUUGUUCUAGAGCAGGCCCAGAUCCUAGAUCACACGCUCGUGCUGCACGCGAUUGUGGGCAGGGGUUCCACUAUUGGCGCUUGGGCUCGAGUCGAGGGCACGCCCAGUGAUCCGGACCCCAACAAGCCCUUCGCCAAAAUGGAGAACCCACCGCUGUUCAACAACGAGGGCAAACUGAAUCCUUCGAUUACCAUACUGGGCUGUUUUGUGCAGGUGCCCGCCGAAAAGAUCCUGCUGAACAGCAUCGUACUGCCGCACAAGGAGCUCAGUCGCAGCUUCAAGAAUGAGAUCAUCUUGUGAGGAUGAUUACUUAAUAUUAUCUUUGACCUUUGACCCUAUAAGUAUGCCAUUUUGUAUGUUUCUACUGUGCAAUAUUCCAAAAAUCUAUCUAUUAAAUGUUCUUUAGCCCUUGCAAAGCAAA